GUAGAUCAUACUUAUCUUUAUUGGAUAAUUAAUUAGGUGGUAUGCAAACACAAAUAUGUCCACCACAUUCAUUAGGCGAUUUACUGAAACUUCGCUGUCGUUAUCGUACUGGACAGUACUCUUUGGAGAAUCUUUCUUCGAAUUCAACUAUUGAUGAUUUACUUCAGACAAUUGCUUCUCUUAUAGGUGUGACACGAUCAUGUAUAUCUCUUUUCUACGGAUAUCCUCCAAAAAAGUUGGAUUGUAGCAUUUCAAGUCUUACUAAACGUUUAUCCGAGAUUCCUCUUCGUUCAGGUGAUAUGUUAACAGUUGAUGUGAUAGAGGAAAAAUCGAUUGUCUCCAUUGACUUACCAAGAGAAAAUAUACAAUCUCAAGAUUGUCAAGUACCAGCUAUUGUCCCAACAAAUACAAUAACCAAUAGACAAUCAGAAUCACGCAUAGUUCGACUAUGCGCACCAUCAGAUAAUUCUUGUCUCUUUACAAGUGCUCUAUUCUGUGUGAAUAAUCAUGAUAAUCAUCUAAAGAUUGGUACAGAAGUUGUAACAAAUAUGGCUGCUGUUAAUCAACUAAGAGAAUUAAUUUCUGGUAUUGUACUUAGUGAUCCAGUAAAGUAUUCUGAAGCUUUUCUUGGUGUAUCGAAUGAAGAGUAUUCCCGUCAGAUUAGACGACCAGACCAAUGGGGUGGAGGUAUUGAAGUAUCAAUCUUAUCACAAUUGUAUGAAGUUGAAAUUUGUAUUGUAGACAUUGAAUCCUGUCGAAUUGAUCGUUUCGGUGAAGAUCGAAAUUAUCCUCAACGUAUAUUACUCAUUUAUGAUGGUAUUCAUUAUGAUCCAUUAGCACAAGAAUGUCCAAAACGAGAUUGCCUUGUUACUGUGUUCCCAACAAAUGAUAACUCAAUUCUUUUGGAAGCUCAACAAUUAGCGUCUAAAGCACGUGCUGAAUGGGCUUUUACAGAUUUAGCUUCAUUCACCUUACUGUGUCGUCAAUGUGAUGCACCUUUAGUUGGUCAAGCUGCUGCUCAAAAACAUGCACAAUUAACAGGUCAUACACAAUUCAGAGAGAUUGCUCAUUAAAUAGACAAUAUAUCUGUAUUCUUAUGUUUAUCCUUCUCUUCUUUGUCUUUUGUGUAAAUGAUGAGAAUUACACUAUUGACAAUUGUUUAUCAUCUUAUCUCAAUGGUAGUCUGUGUACUGAAACUGAAUCCUUUUGUGUGUGUGUGUGUGUGUGUCUACUUCAAUCUGCUGUUCUGAUUUGCUCAAAUUCAUACACAUAUAUAUAUAUAUAUAUAUAUAUAUAUAUAUAUAUAUAUAUAUAUAUACAUUCAAGGUGUCAACAUUGACUACCUAAGGUAUACAUUGAAGAGCAGUUAAUCAUUAUCCAAGUGAUUUAUAUGUACAAUAUGUGUAGAAGAGGACCAGUUUAUGUUGUGUAGAAGAAACUGUGAAUUUAGUUGUGUGUAUAGUAAUUAUCACAUUGUAUGUCACUUUAUUAUUUAUAAUUUUGUUUUAUUAGAAGACAUAAUGUGUGUAGUUGGUUUUUAUGAAAAUUAUCCACCCUUAUGUAUUUAUCUUUUAUCUAAUAUGCUUAAUUCUUAUCUUGUUGAAUUGGAAAAAAAUUGAUUGUGUUUUUCGAUUUCAUUAUCUUCGUUAUUUGUUGUAUUGGUGGAAUUCAGUUUUUUCAAAAAAAUGUAAUUUAUUUUACUCAUA